AGUUUAAAUUAGUAAAGGAGGACAUGUACUACUCUUUGCAGGCAGUAUUUGGAGUUUGCUUAUGGUGGAGUCAGCUUCCUGUUUGAUUAGAUGAUCUCCUGAUGGAACCCCCUUCAUAUGAGGAGGCCCGUCACCACCCUCCUGCUCUGAGCCCACAAGGAUUCAACAUCCUUCCUCCCCCUUCCUACGACGCCUCCCUGUCGUCCCCCUCAACACCCCCUCCCACCUAUGGAGAAGCAGUUACAAUCCAGCAAGACCCUUUUCCUGUCUUGACUCCACCGACUGAUGUGACAUCACCUUCACAAAACGCUGGGGUCAUAAUCCAUCCUCCAACACAAAUUGGUGUAACACCACCUGUCAGUAGAACACAAACUCAGCCAGUUGUAGUGACCCAGCCGGCUCCUGUUCCUAUCUCAGUGACAUAUCUGGCAGACUCCCCUGGUCUGGUCCGUUGCCCAAACUGCCACCACACUGUCACCAGUGAAGUCACAUACCUGCCUGGAAGGGCUGCCUGGUGCAUGUGUGUCCUCCUCUCACUGAUGGGGUUGAUCUGUGGUUUCUGUCUGAUCCCGUUCAUGAUGAAUUCACUACAAGAUGUACAUCAUUCCUGCCCACAGUGUGGAAACCAUCUGCACAUAUACAAAAGAUGACACUGUCGGGAUUAAUAUGGUUCCUCAGCCCACCCAGACUCAUGACACGCAGAGCAUAUUUGUCACUUUAUGGAUAUAAACUGUUUCCUGUAAUGUAAACAGCUCACUGUCCAAGCUACAGUGAAGUAGGAGCUGUUUGAAAAAUGUUUCCGGAUGUUUUUGUACGAUUUUUGGAAAUUCAAACUCACCAUGAAGGACAAAACUCUCAUCUUUUCCCAUCAACAGCUACAAUGGGUGUGUAAAUGAUACCAAAAAGGUUUAAUUUCUAGCCUUUAACGUGAUCUCUCUGUUUACAUAUUUUUAGGCAUUCUUUACAAGCAGACAAGUAUUUCUAUUACAUAGAAGAAAACCAGGCAAAAAUAAGUUUUGCACUUUUGACCUUUUGUACGAUUUAAUAUUUUGGGGGAAAUUAAUGAGGAGGAAGGAAAUACUAAACCCGUUCCUCUGUGUGCAUUCAGCACUAAUUUUACCACGUGUGUGCAGGAUGCUUUACAACAUUAAUGAGUCUAGACGAGAGACAAAAGAGAGGAAGGGAACAGAGGAACAAGUUCUUAAUUUUGUUUUUCAUUAUUUAGAUAAUUAUAUAUUUAAAUACUGAAGGAACAAAAUCUUUCUCUUCCUAAUGCAGACAGAGUGAAUGUACAUGUUUACUUUAAUGAUGAAGGAGGGAACUUGUUCAGGCUUGAAUGUCAGACAUGAUUUCUUUUGUUAAAGUGAACAAAGCCUGACGGAAAACACACUGACAUAACAUGCUGUAAUUUAUGUUUCUGCAUAAUUCAUGCUUUAAAGGCCCUGCACAUCUGAGGUACACCCACACGGGUGACUUUAAUCAUUUUGAUGGAUUAGGCCUUUUCUCAGACUGUGUCUGACUCCUCUGUUAGCUUUGUUGCACCUGUUCAGCCGAUAACACCUUUAUCAUAUUUAUGUACAGUCUUAAUUACUCAUGGACACCUGUGAGUGUGUGUAUGGCCUUUAACAGAGGUACAAAGAGGUCCACAAGACAAUAAUAAUGUUUCUGGUUGCUGGAAAAAAAUGUUUACAUUAGUCAAGUUUACUCAUAUUGGAGUCAAACUGGUUUAUAAAUUUAAUUAUGAUGAGUUGAGAAACACAAAAGUGUGAUUUGUAAUCUAUGAUUUAAAGUUUCAUUUUAAUUCUGUUUACUGUGCCAAAAAUGUAUCAUGUAAAAAAAUAUGAUGAUGUGAAAGUGUGUGUGUUUUAUACUUUUUUUUUUGUCGUGAAUUUUCUUCUGCAUUACCGGUACUUUCCAAAGCUAAAAUAACCACCAUGACUAGAUGUCAGAAUCUAUGUAGUUGACCUUUUCUUAUUUUAAUUCAUCUUAAAGACAUAGAGCAGUUUGACAUUUUGGGGAAUAUAGAUUAUCGUCUUAGUUUUGGAUAAAGUGGGGCAAGCUAGCAGUAUCUUCCUAAAGUCUUCACUGUUGAGGUUGCCAGACGAUGUAUAUGGGAGAAGUUUGUUUUCAGGGCUUUCCAACACAUGGAUCUAUUUGAACCUGAGCUAUGAUCUGUUCCUAAAUAUAACCAAAUAGUUUUGGUUCCUAAAGGUCUCCACACUUUGUUUUUGUGCUGUGCCAGGGCUGGGGGAAAAAAACACUCUUGUCUUAGGCAAUAAGGCCAAACUUAGACCAUCAGCUUACUGUGAGUCAGACUAGCCUAAACCUAACCGUAAGUAGUUUUAUUACCUAACUACAUAUCUAAAAAUAAGUCAACGUUGACUUUUAUUGAUUUGAUUUGAUUGAUUUCACACAAACUCUGGUCUCCUUGGUGAAAGUCCUCCGUUUGAGCCAUCCACCACAGUCUCCUCCCUACAUGGACUUUGUCCCUCUUUAUAUUAUGUCACCUGACUUUCUUAAGUCUUUCUGGCAGAAAGCCAGGAAGACAAACUUCUACCACCUCAGGGAACCAGUGGAGACUCCGGGAUGGUUGUCCUACUUUUGUGUUAGAUAUUUGUUAAAAGAUGAAGGCAGCUACCAGGAGUGUAUAGCUCAAUUUGAAUUACAUGAACAGAUUGUAAAAGUGUGAGUUUAUUUUGUGUAUUAAAUAGAUUCUAAUAUAUGUGACUACCUUUGUUGGAGGUUUUGCAGCCAUGUUUGUUGACACUUGUGUUAAUUCUUUUCACCAAAUGGAUGACAUCAUCACCCUCAGAAAUGGAUUUUUACAGCUUAUAAUUACACUCCAAACAAUAUGGCGUAAACCAGGCAACCCCUGUUUUACAUGAGAUAUACACAAGGUUUUUGCACAAGAUAUAACGUCAUAAAUAGUGAGCUU